AUCCCUCCUCCUAUAGCUACCUCCCUCCCACAAUUUCCUGUUAGAUUCCCAAACUACUUUCAAUUUCUUUUCCCAUUUCUUUCUCUCUAUAAAUCCAUCUUCCUCUCCAUUUUUACUAUCACUCAAAUCUCACAAAUCAGACAAUAUUCUAGUUAUAUUCAAUCCCUCAAUAUGGCUUCUUCUCUUGUCUUUCAAGUUCAAAGAUCCCAACCUCAACUAAUUCCUCCAUCAGACCCUACUCCUCAUGAGUUCAAGCAACUCUCUGAUAUUGAUGACCAAGAAGGCCUUCGCUUUCAAAUCCCUGUUAUUCAAUUCUACCGUCACGAUCCGAGAAUGGCAGGGACUGACCCGGCUAGGGUUAUAAAGGAAGCCAUUGCCAAGGCCUUGGUGUUUUAUUAUCCCUUUGCCGGUCGGCUUAGAGAAGGGCCCGGACGUAAGCUUUUUGUUGAAUGUACGGGAGAAGGUGUUAUGUUUAUUGAAGCGGAUGCGGAUGUUAGUUUGGAACAAUUCGGCGAUGCACUUCAACCUCCGUUUCCUUGUCUGGAAGAGCUUCUUUUUGAUGUUCCGAACUCUAGCGGGGUUCUCGAUUGUCCGUUAUUGCUCAUCCAAGUUACAAGACUCAAGUGUGGAGGUUUUAUCUUUGCUCUUCGUUUGAAUCAUACCAUGAGUGAUGCUUCUGGACUUGUUCAAUUCAUGAUGGCUGUUGGUGAGAUGGCUCGUGGCGCAACUGCUCCCUCGGUUCGUCCUGUUUGGCAAAGGGCUCUCUUAAAUGCAAGGGAUCCACCAAAAGUUACAUGUCAUCAUCGCGAGUACGAUGAAGUUGUCGAUACCAAAGGCACUAUCAUCCCGCUUGAUGACAUGGCACAUCGGUCCUUUUUCUUUGGCCCAUCCGAGAUCUCUGCUAUCCGUAAGGCCUUACCUAGCCACCUUCGUCAGUGCUCUUCCUUUGAGGUCCUCACUGCUUGCCUCUGGCGCUUCCGCACUAUAUCUCUCCAGCCCGAUCCCGAAGAGGAAGUGCGAGUACUCUGCAUCGUCAACUCUCGCUCCAAGUUCAACCCUCCAUUGCCAACCGGAUAUUACGGUAACGCGUUUGCUUUUCCAGUAGCACUGACGACUGCAGGGAAGCUUUGUCAAAACCCAUUAGGGUAUGCUUUGGAAUUAGUCCGAAAGGCUAAGGCGGACGUGACGGAGGAUUACAUGAAGUCAGUGGCAGAUCUUAUGGUGAUAAAAGGAAGGCCCCAUUUCACUGUGGUGAGGACGUACCUUGUAUCAGACGUGACGAGAGCGGGGUUCGAGGAUGUGGACUUCGGGUGGGGAAAGGCUAUGUAUGGAGGACCGGCGAAAGGAGGCGUAGGAGCAAUCCCAGGCGUGGCAAGCUUCUAUAUACCAUUCAAGAAUAAGAAAGGAGAGAGAGGAAUAUUGGUGCCUCUAUGUCUGCCUGCUCCAGCUAUGGAAAGAUUUGUGAAAGAACUUGAUGCUUUGUUGAAGGCAGGAAAAACCAUUGAUGGAGUUGACAAUAAGAAACCAUUGUUCAUAGCAUCUGCUCUAUAAUUAGGAAAAUUUGUGUGAUACCAAUAAAACCCUUCAAAGAAGAAGUCUUAAUGAUUAUAGCCAUAUACAAAAUAAGAAGAAGAAUAAUGAGGUGUAUAAGGUAGUGUAAUAUUUGCCAUGUAAUGUAGUAUAAGGUUUGUGAUUUAUGAAAUCUUU